GCAGGGAGGACCAGCAAGCUUCAAGAAUGUGGAGGAGCUUCACCGGGAGUGGAUUGAUGCUGGAAUCAGAGCAUCAAGGGCCUCUACACACAGACCGGUCCCACACACGAGCUCCAGAUGUCAUGUUCCUGGUGUCCGUCCACUCCUGAACCAGAGAACUCUAAACAUCUCACGUGGGCUACAGAGAAACAGAACUGGAUUGUUGCUCAAAAGUCCAACGUUCUCUUAUCAGAUGGAAGUUAAGUCUGCAGGUCAUUUGGAAAUCAAGGUCCUAGAGUCUAGAAGAAGAGUGGAGAUGCUAAAAAUCCUUGGGAGUCCAGUUGAAGUUUCCAAAGCCAGUGAAGGUUUGGAGCUCCAUGUCCUCGGCCAGUGUUGGUCCGCUGUGGUUUCUGAUGUCCACAGUGAGCGUAGACACCUCCCAGGACAUUUUAGAGACCUUCAUGCUCCCUUCUGGACCUGGUUCUGUCCAGACUGCCAAAGGCAUCAUCAUUUUCUCUUUCAGCUGCAUUCGUUUGCAUAUUGGACAGUUUAACUUGUGCAUUGGAUUCAUUAUUGGAUCAAAUCCUUUCAAACAUUAUAACAACUGUGGGAUCGGGGCUUGGAUGUGAUCUAAAAGGUUCGUCUAAGUGCUGCAGACAAAUAAUCUCUUCCAACAUAAUGGAGGGCAACAGAUAUAGAGAAACUCACAAGUCACUGACACUACCACCUUCAACAGGAAGUGAUGACUUCCGGCUGCAGUCUGAUACGACGCUGAAAUACCUCGCACACACAGCUUCCCCUUAUCUCACACCCAGAAAACACACACCAGCUCCCCAAGAAGGAGUCUGGCUCAUAGCAUCACCAUGUCAGGUCCAAGUGAGCACAUCUCUAGAGGAGAGCAUUUCCUUCAGACACCUGAAAAGACUUUUCACGUUUAAUUUUCUACAAAAGAACAAAAGCGGGAUUCGACUAGCUGCAGAGUUAAGGCUCCAUCCAAAAGCGGAGUCAGCGUCUGAGGCUGUUUCCAGACCUAAUGACGAUGAAUCAUAGGAACAUGUCCUACCAAGACAAAGACAGUUUUCACCAAUUCAUCAACGAAAAUUAGGGGUCACAAGGAAACCGAAAGACAGAAGGGAUUUUAAAGAAGAGGAAAAUCCUGAGGUCAAAGCAAGGAGACACAAAGAGGAGGAGGUACCGUUGUCUUUUUCCGACUCUUUCUGUGGAACGACUUUAUGACAGAACGUCCGUUGGGUUUCUGCUCACAGCUAAAGCCGCUGUAUAAGGAGCUGCUGUACACUAUUCUACAUAAGAUUGGUAAAUCAACAUCAGCUGAGGUCUUCACAGAGGCACAGCUUCACCUUUAUAUCCAGGAGGCUUUCACCAUGACUAAAUCAGAGCACGACACUCUGGUAGAGAAAGUACGAAACACAGAGCCUCCAGUGUACUGUCUGAUGGUCACUGUGAAAGAAGCCAAAGGAAUUCUGGGUAAAGACAUCAGCGGUUUUAGCGACCCUUACUGCCUGCUAAUGAUGCUGGAAGACGAGAAGAUUAAGACGAGUCGCUCACAGUCCAAACCCUGUAAAUCUGUUGUUAAGGACUUUGUAGCAGACGACAAAAUUUAUCAGACAGAGAUAAAGAAACAGACGCUAAACCCCAUUUGGAAUCAAACCUUUGUACUAGAAUUUGGCCAUAUCAGUGGUACCGCCUUCCACCUUGAGAUGUGGGACAAAGAUGAAGAGGUGUCCCUCACUCAGAAACUGGAGGAGAUCAGAACCAGCUUGACCAGUAUAAGAAGGAUGAUCAAAGAGGCCAAAAAAGAAAAAGGCACAGAUGACUUUUUGGGAAAUAUUGUUCUGAAACUGCAGGAUCUCCACUGCACCGAGGACAACUGGUACAAACUGGAGCCCCGAACAGAAACCUAUCCCGAUCGAGGCCAGUGUCACCUCAACCUGAAGUUCAUCCACAAAGCUAGAGACGAGACGCUGAGCGCCGGUCGCAGUGCUUACACCAACUACUGUGGGAUUCUGCAGCAGUUUGUCCAGGCUUACAUCUCCAAGGAACAGAGCUCCGCUCCAUGGAAAGGCGCAUUGUGCGGCGAGGCUCAGACUCUGCUUGAACUUUACGCUACACAGAAUGAUCUCUCUCCUUUUCUGCAAGACCUGGCGAAGUGGGUGGCCUACAGUAAACUGUACCAGAGUUUAGAGGUGGACUCGUCUGUGCUGCUCCAGCAGCUCACCAGUAUCGAGUACCACUGGCAUCAGCAGGAGCUGCCCUACCAGCAGAAACAGGAACUUGGGGAUUCUCUCCACGGGUUUCUGCAGUACGGGCUGUGUUUGGUGGCCAAAUACCGGGACAUCUUCCCUCCGACUCCUACUGCUACACCAAAAUUACACACGCUGCUCAGGAUUUUGGUCCAAAUCUGUAAGACUCAGGCCUUUCAGAAGCUGAACCCAGCUCACUUUGAGCUUCACGAUGAGAUCAACGAUGCCAUACAGACAGGGACUGAGGAGUGGUUUACCAUCAAAAAGGGUUUGCAUCAGCCCAUGACUAAGGACCUGAAAGAGAUCGGCAGCGCCCUCUUCAAGUUGAUCACAGAGGUGAAGGAAGACAUCAAACACAACAAGGAUGUGUGGAACAGAGUGUUUGUCAGUGCCGUGCAGGUGGAUGUGUUUACUGCUGUCUAUCAGAAGUUUGACUGCCUGCUUACAAAUGAAGUGAAGCAAACCUUAUCAUUAAUGGACGGCCAAAUGGAGCAGAACCUUGCCAAAAGUUUGUUUCCUAUUUAUCUGAGCUUGCAGACCAUCCACAAAGACAAGGCUUUUCUGCAGAGGAGGGGGUUUCUUCAGCUGUCGAGCUUUCACGAGGGCUUCAGAGAGGCUCUUCCAUACUGGCUGAACCAGGCUUUCAGCACCACUCAGGACAGGGUGGAAAGGGCGGUGCAGGUGGACCAGCUCCAGCCAUUGCAAAUUGGUGCCGUUCCUAUCAAGCACAGCUCCUCAGCAGUGGACUCGGUCGCCUGCAUCCAGCCCAUCUAUCAGCUGUGGGACCAGCUGUCCUGGCCCGAUCCCGAGGAAGCCUUCAUGCUCAUGGUCAAGACUACUGAGGAUGUGUGUAAGAUUGUGGUGAACUACUCCCACCUCCUGAAGCAGAGGGUCAGGGUGCUGUCUGAGAACUCCGACCAUGGCAGCGCCAUCAACAUGCUCUGUGUGGUUGUGAACGACCUGGAGCACAUGCGCUCAGUGCUGGAAAAGCUUCCUGUUCAGCUGAAAUGGGAGGGGCUUCGAGAACGCACUCAGAAUGUCAUAGGACAGAGCCAGUUUGAAAACACUCUGCAUUCACAAAAACAUCAAGCCCUGAGCACCCUCAGUCGAGAGAUCAAAUCAGCAUUAGCCACCCUGGGGAGGAAGUUAUACACCGAUAUUGAGAUUCACGUCAGAAGCAUGUCAACCAGACGGAGAAUCCCCUCCAAGUCCACAGAGGAUGCUGCAGCCCCUCUGAUGCGCUACCUUGAACAAGAGCUGGAAUACAUGAAUGAAAACCUGGUCCAAGAGAACUUCAACAGCCUCCUGACUCCUUUAUGGGAGAACUCGGUGAAGAUCCUUCAUCAGAUGUUUAAUCAGCAUUCACAACAAGAAGGGCUCAUGGUGUUCAGCCAGAGACUGCAGUACACCCUGCAGUGCCUUGAGCAGUGCUUUCAUGCUGAGGGGAAUGGACUCUCUCUGCAAAAGCUCCACUCGGAUGAGUACCAGACUCUAAAGGCCCUCCUCACUCACCACUCCAUGACCAGCCAACAGCUUAUAGAGAAGUUCUUUAGGAGAAAAAUAACAGAGCAGAAGAAUUACAGUGGGGAGAAAUAUGGUGCCGUGACUUUUCUCGCAACCUACAGGAUAUCUGACCAAAGACUCAGAGUUGAUGUGCUGAAUGCACUCAAACUCUUACCAAUGGACAGCAAUGGUUUCAGUGACCCCUUUGUGCACCUCUGCCUGGAGCCUCACCACAUCUUUCCUGAGGUUGAGCCUCGCUGCACUCAGAUCAAAAGAUGUGACCUCAAUCCUCUUUUUGAUGAGACUUUUGAAUUCCUGGUUUCCCUGGACCAGUGCCUCGCUCCAGGAGCUUGCCUGGUGAUCACAGUUCUGGACCAUGACACCUUGAUGACGGAUGACUUUGAGGGUGAAGCCUUCCUGGCUCUUGAAGAUGUUUCAGGGAUUUCUACCAAAGAAGAGGAAGGACAAAGCUUGCAGUCAGAUACCUCCUCUGGACAGAAACGCCUGCCUCUGAUGCAUCCUAAACCUAACGAGGACAGCAUCUUGAAGUUGCUGGAGUCCAGGAAAAGCGAGCGGGAGGCUCAGGCGUUUGUGAAGAAGCGGCGACAGCGGGAGAAACAGUCCCAGGAGGCUGUGAAGUCGUGACAAACACACCAACACACGGUCUUCCUCCAAAAAUAUACAAUUUGUUUUAAUGAUCAGUACCAAAAAAGGAAAAAGAAAGCACUCAGAAGGAAACACUGGCAUUGCAUGAGCUGUGUGUGGACAACAUGGUUUACCAAAGACCCGUCACAGUGAUCGCCAACACUUUCACACCUCCAUCUAAACAUUUACACAUCCGUAUGCGUCCUGAUGGUAAGAAGAAUCAGUGCAAAAGAAAGCUAUAACGUCACUUUUGUGUGUGUAUACAUUUAUAUAUAAUAUAUAUGAGAUAUAUAUUAUAAAGUUGGUGAAAUGCCAAAAAUGACCACAAAUGCAUAAAUUUGGCAAAUAAAUUUCAUUUAUGAAAAUGGCUUCGUUUGGGGUGUUUUGUGUUGGCAUGAGAGAGUUAAAUAAAAAAUACUCCCGUGUCCUGGCCCCCGAUUGUGAUGUCUUCCUGCUGAGGAAUGAGACAAACCUGUGUUUCUGACAGAUUGCUGCACAAUUCAAACUUUUUAGUAUUUGACCUUUUUACAAUUCACCGGCUAAAACUAUCACGUAAAAGCAUUCUGCUGCCAGGACGGCUCGUGGUGACAGCCUCUGGCUGCAGGGCUGAAGCUGGAGGUGUUUCCAGGGGGAUCCCCCCCCC